UUGAUCUGAAAUGCUUCGUUCAACAUGUUACAUUAUUUAUUUCUGUUCAGAAAACUUGAAAUAUGCGAGUGAUAUAUUUUUUCGCAAUUUGUUUCGUUUUUCGAUGUUCGUCAUCUAUAGACCUGUGUAAACAGCACAAAACCUGCCACAACUGCAUUAGGGAUGCCAAUAAGUGCGUUUGGUGCGACAGUCACAAAUUUAAUGACACCAAAUGUAAAUCGGCGGCAGAACAAUUGGAAAACUGGUGCCCAAACACUAUAAUAAACCCAAAAAGUGUUGUUAAAGUUAUUACAAACAAUGAUUUUUCAUCAGAAAGAGGCAAAGUGAUUCAUAUGAAACCACAGCAGAUACAAAUAAAUAUCAGACCUGGAGAUGUCAUUGAUUUUGAUUUCUCGUUUAGAAAAGCGCAAAACUAUCCAGUGGAUUUAUAUUUUCUUUUAGACGGUUCGGCUUCAAUGGCAUCUGUUAAGAAUGAAAUUGUUAAGCAGACUGAAAGUAUAUAUCAGAUGAUGAAAAGUAUGACUGAUAAUGUUUAUUUGGGAAUGGGAUCUUUUGUAGACAAAAAUUUGUUGCCAUUCACUAAUGUACUAAACAGCACAAACACUUACUCAUUCCGCAAUAGACUAAAGCUCAUUAAUGAUCCCGAGGCCUUUAAAAAAACCAUUAAUGAUACAGCAUUCGGUUAUAACUAUGAUGAACAAGAGGGUACAUUAGAUGCUCUCGCACAAGUUAUUGUAUGUAAAGAACAGAUUGGUUGGCGAGAAGAAUCUAGAAAAAUCAUUUUAGUUUUCACUGGAGCAUCGUUCCACGCGGCUAGUGACGGAAUUUUCGGAGGUGUCGUUGAACCGUAUGAUGGCAAAUGUUAUCUAGAAAAUGAUGUAUAUUCUAAAGAAACUGUAAUGGACUAUCCUUCAGUCGGUAUUAUAAAUAAACUGGCAUCUGAGGAUGAAAAAAUUAUCAUUUUUGCCAUCGAUGAAGAAGCAAAGAACAUUUAUAAAUCACUUACGAACUUUAUUACUGGCUCUAAAGUAACAAAAUACGGUGGCGAUCUAAUUGCAAACAUGCUUAAAACUGUUUAUGAGGAAAUUUCUCAAAAUUUAAAACUGAAAGUAAACAUGGACGCUGAACAUAGAAAGAAUUUUGAAUUUUUCUUCAAUCCAGAUUGUUAUAAUGCUUAUAGACAAUAUGAAGACUGCGAAGUAGUACAUUACGAAGAGAAACAUUUUACUGGGACCAUAAAACUUCUGUCGUACAUUGAAACUGAUAGCGUUAAGAUGGAUAUUGUUUUUGAAGGUAUCAAGGAAAAAAUUGAAUUAGAUAUAUCUAUUAUAAAACGAUGUGACUGCAAAAGGGAAGAAAAUUCAACGUCCUGCAAUUACCACGGCUCCCUGUAUUGUGGAAUAUGUGAAUGUGAAGAAAACAAAUAUUACGGUGAUAGUUGUCAAUGCCAAAACACUACAAGCGCCUUAAAUCCAAGUGAUGAAGCUACUUGCAUCGCUCCCGGUAGUAACUCUACAUGUCAUAACCGUGGUUCUUGCAAGUGUGGAAUGUGCAAGUGUAGGAAUGGAUACAAAGGUAAGUUCUGUGAAUGCAGUGAUCACAGCUGUGAGCGGGGCGCUGAUAACGAGUUAUGUUCUGGUCCUCUCAGAGGUGUAUGUGAUUGUGGAAAGUGCAACUGUAAGAGUGGCUGGACUGGUUCGGUAUGCGAUUGUUCCACUUCCAAGGCGGAGUGCUUAAGUAAUGACCAGACAUUAUGUAGUAAUCGUGGUGUUUGCAUAUGCGGUCGAUGCAAAUGCAACGAUAUCUCCGAUUGGGAUGUUAGGACUAAAGAGCAACCAGACUGCCAACUUUCCUGUCCCCAAGAUAAUCAGGAUCCAUCAUCAUGUCGCCACAGACAAUGCAUCAACAUAGAACCAAUCGUUUUAUGCCACCUUAAUAGCGACGAUUGCCAGCCUGUAGACAACCUAAAUAUCACAGUAAUAAAGAAUCUGACCAUGGUCCAAGCGGAAGGAGAUUGGUACCAUUGCAGUAGAGUCAUAGUUGAUGUGGGAUGUUAUACUAAAUUCCUGUACAGAUAUUCAAAAGACAAAUAUGAAAUUGAAAUCGUUAUGGACAAGAAUGUUGAUUGCAUCGAAGCAAAUUAUAUCCGAGGUUUCAUAUGCUUGUUUACUCUGAUCUUCAUCGGAGUGGGAACUCUGAUCGCGUGGAAAUAUUGGACGGACCGGAGAGAUCGUUUGGAAUACGAAAAAUUGUUCCAACAAGUAAACGAAACUGAGACUGAGAACGUCCUCUUCGUACCACCGCUACAUAGUUACAGAAACCCCUCGUAUCAAGGACACUUAUAACAUAAAAAUUAAUCAAACAUCUUCAUUGUUAAAUCCUAAUUCGCGCGAACCUAACAUGUAUUCUUGAAAUUUACCUUGUUACUGUUACUGUUUUUUGUCCUCCUUCUUUAACAAAAGUAAAUAAUUAUUCUUCUGUUUUUUUCUCUACGUGUAAAGUAACUUUAAUAUUGAUAGCAUUUUAUAUGAAAGCAUUGAGUGAAGAUUUAUAUUAUGUGUUGUAUUGACAAGCUAUUUUAAAAUAAAAAUUAAUAAGCAAAUUGUA